UAUAUUCAUAUUAGAGAGAGUGAGAGAGAGAGAGAGAGAGAUGAGCAAUCUAAGUGGGAAGUUAGUAUCACAAAUAGAGAUCAAGUCCGAUGGGGAUGUGUUCCAUGAAAUCUUUAGGUAUAGACCAAAUCAAAUCAACACAAUGAGCCCAGACAAGAUUCAUGGCUGUGAUUUGCAUGAGGGUGAGUGGGGAACUGUUGGUUCUGUCAUCUGCUGGACUUUUACUCAUGAUGGGAAACAGCAGAUUGCAAAAGAGAUAAUUGAAGCCAUAGAUGAGGAACACAAAACAGUGAAAUUCAAGGUGAUCGAAGGUGAUCUGAUAGAACUUUACAAGAGUAUGAGCAUAAGUGUUCAUGUCGACACAAGGGGCAUAAACAACUUGGUGACUUGGACCAUAGAGUUUGAGAAGCAGAAUGAGAGUAUCCCAGAGCCACACACUUUGGUGCAGUUUGUCUUAGCUCUCACCAAAGACAUUGAGACCCACCAUCUCAAGUGACAAAUUAAACAAAUAUAAUCUCACAAAUUCUUGGCUGUUUUAAUUCAUCCCGAGAUCAUCCAUCACUACUUUAUCUCUCAAUGGGUUAAAAUCAACCAAGAAUUUUUCAACUAUCGUUGGCUUGCUAAAUAAAUAAUUAAAUAUCAUGUGAAUGUGUUUGGAGGUUUGCAGAUUCAAAGAAUAAUGUUUGAAAUAAUGUAAGCUUUUCUAAGCUUAACUAAAAUGUAAUAGUGGUGUGUGUUACUAUGGUGGUAUAUUUUGGAAUGUCAAUAAUAUUAUAAGAAAUGAAAGAGUCCGUACUGUGAUUUUAUUA